CGGAGCGUCUAGCAUCCGAUUCCAAUGUCAUGCCUUGUUAGUAGUUCCGCGUGUCGCAACUGUAGUUCAGCGUGCUGUGUUUAAGGGAGAGGGGUUUUAGUGGGUGCAAGUCCCACAUAUCCCGGGUGGCCAGCCCCCGGUUGAAUGCGCGAGGCAUUUCAUUUCUUCCCACGGAAACAAAAAAAAAAAAAAAAAAAAAGUACUGAUGGGACUGCUGCCUUCCAUUAAGGUGCCUUUUCAUGCAGCGAAUUUUUCGCUGCGAAUGAUUUUUAGCGAAUAGCGAAUAAUUCGUUGUGAAGUAGCAAAUAAUUCGCCGCGAGUUGUUUGUAAGCGUCGCAUCUGUAUGUAGUUGCGUGUCAACAGUACUAGAAUAUGCUAAAAUAUUUUUUAGACAUACAUGGUUUUGGGCUUUGAAGUGCUUUUAAAUAUAUUGUAGAUUAAAUCAUUAAUUAAUAACAAAAUUUUUUAAAAUCCUUUUUAAUGGAGGACGACUCAGUUAUAAACUGGAUUACUUGGUAUAACCAACAAAUGCAGUGGUUAUUUAAUUAUGUGCAAGUAAAUCAUUACUAUCAAAUGAAUGUACGAAAAAGGAAAGUUGCUGCAGUUACAGCUUUACUUUUACAUAUGAAAAGAAAAAGAUAUACUAAAAAGAAACAUUGGGUAGCACCUAUUUUUCAAGAAAGAAAAGUACAUGGAUUCUUUCAUGCUGUGCUACCUAAACUUAUUCUAGAAGAUUUGAGGUUUCAUAAUUACAUACGAAUGUCUGCAACUCAAUUUGAAAAUUUGACACUUUUAAUUGGAGCAGAUAUAUUUAAGCAACAUCACAUUAGGGAACCUAUAGAUGUUGCUGAGCGUUUAUUAAUGACAUUAAGGUAUCUUGCUUCUGGCGAUUCUAUUUCUUCGAUAUGUUACCAGUAUUUAGUUGGUCUGACUACUGCUGCAAACAUUAUCUCAGAAACAUGUCAAGCUUUAUGGAACAAUUUAUCAUCUAUAGUAUUACCUGCAGAUUUGAGUGAAGACAAAUGGCUAACAGUAGCCAUAAUAAUUUCGCGGAUAAAUGGAACUUUCCACACUGUAUAGGUGCCAUCGACGGUAAACAUAUAAUUAUUCAAUGUCCAGCCAAAGCAGGAUCGUCUUACUACAAUUAUAAAGGAAGUCAUAGUGUGGUUCUUCUGGCUAUAUGUGAUGCCAAUUAUAUUUUUCAAUUUGUUGAUAUUGGAGCUUAUGGGCGAAGGAGCGAUGGAGGAAUCUUUAAGGAAAGCGUAUUUGGUCAGAAAUUUGAAAAUAAUGAAAUGAAGCUACCAAAGCCUGCACCAAUUUCUGAAAAUGGAGACAAUCUGCCAUAUUGUUUAGUGGGAGAUGAAGCUUUCCCACUAAAAACGUAUUUAUUAAGACCGUACCCGGGCAAACAAAAUACUGAAUACGAAAAACGCGUAUUCAAUUAUCGAUUAUCAAGGGCUAGAAGAACAAUUGAAAAUAGUUUUGGUAUUCUAGCAAAUAGGUGGCGGAUUUUUAGAAAACCUAUUAUUCUAAGUGUUGAUAAUACAAUGAAAAUUGUGCAAGCAACCGUAUGCCUCCACAAUUGGUUACGCAUGGCAGACCUUAAUGAAGAAGAAAAUAUUCAAUAUGUAACACCAGAAUUAAUUGACAGACAGAACGAAAACGGUUUCGUACCAGGAAGUUGGAGAGCAGAUAUGGAGACCUUAAGUGGCAUGGCAGAUAUAACUCGCUCAGGAAACAACUCCAGUACUCGACAAGCAGCAGAAGUCCGAGAAAAAUUUCUUUAUUAUUUUAACAACGAUGGAGCUGUAGAUUGGCAAUAUGCUUACAUGUAACUAGAUUAAAAAGCGAUCAUACUGUAAAAAUAUACAAUAUACUGAAAUGUUCAAUUAUAAAAAAUAUUUAAAAUAAAAAUAUAU